CCGUUAGUGACGCUGUUCCUGUCACAGUGCGCAAAUGCGCAUCCAGGAGUGCGGAGCUCUGGCUGAGAGCGAGCAGAGCCACACCGGCGGGCUGAGAAACGAAACCUUAGGAAGGAAGCGAAAACAGCGCUCCAGGGGGGGCACUCAGAGCGGGGGGAAGGCCUGUGACGCAGUAGUGACCAUGGUUGGCGAACGCCGCAAUGGGAACCUGCUGGUCCAGCUCGGCCCGAAACUGCAGGCGUAUCCCGAGGAGCUGAUUCGCCAGCGACGCACCCACGACGGGCAGACGGAAUACCUGAUUCGCUGGUGCCUCGUCGCCAUCGACGAUGGCUCCACCUCUGGAGGCGGGGCCAGCGAGGCGGGUGGGACAGUCGGCGUCAGCUCCGGAGUGGGUGGGUCCGUGAGCACCGUGUCUGGAGAAACCAAACCGGAAAACAUCCUGAUGUGGAUGUCGACAGAGGACGUGUACGCCAACUGUCCCACGCUGCUGGGCAAGAGGAAGAUGGACUCCCAGCGCCCCCUGCAGCAGGAGAAGCAGCGUGGCGGCGAGGCGUCCGACUCGGGCAUUUCAAGCGGCACAGAGUUCCCGUCCGACGUCACCUUUGACGAGGUGGAGCUGUCGGACAUGAAGGAAGACGUGAAGAACCUGGUGUGCCGAGCCCGGAAGCAGAUGGCCAAGAAGAGCGACUUCUCCAUCAACAUCAUGCACACCAUCCACGUGUUGAGCGCCUACGCCAGCAUCGGCUCGCUCGUCGGCGUCUUUAAGGAGACGGGCGCGCUCAACCUGCUGAUGGAGCUGCUGUGCAACAAGGAGACUCAGACGAGGCGAAGCGCCGGGAAGAUGCUGCGCGCGCUUGCCUCGCAUGAUGCAGGCAGCCGGGCGUACGUGCUGCUGUCUCUGAGCCAGCAGGACGGCAUCGAGCAACACAUGGACUUUGAUAACCGCUACACGCUGCUGGAGCUGUUCGCCGAGACCACGUCGUCCGAGGAGCACGGCAUCUCCUUCGAGGGUAUUCACCUGCCGCAGAUUCCCGGGAAGCUGCUCUUCUCCCUGGUGAAGCGUUACCUGUGCGUCACGUCUCUGAUGGACAAGCUCAACACGGCGGGGGCGGAGUCAGGCUCUGAAAAGCUGGACGCUUGCCCUUCUCCUGCCUCUUCCUCCAGCAGCUCCGCCCACCAGACGGAGCAGCUCCGCGUCCAGCGGGAGUUUGACUUCACCAUGGCCAUGGCCAACCUGAUCUCGGAGCUGGUCCGAGUGAUGGGCUGGGACCGUAACCGCCAACCGCUCGAUGGCUCCGCCCACCUCACGGGAGUUGUGGUUAGCGGGGAGGAUCAAGGCGAGGAGGCUUCCCGCCCCGUCCUCAGGUCCAUUUUUCAGCCUCGAUUCUGCGCCUCCCCUGUCACUCUAACCACCAGCUCCGGUGGCGCGGCCCCCGCCGCCACACCGCCAAAGAAGAAAGCAAACGGUUUCAAAACGCGCUCGGACUUCACCUGCCGCUCCGCCUACGUGGAGUACGUCCAGGACAACCUGAAGAGCGGCAUGAUGGUGCGCAUGCUGGAGGACUACGAGGAGGUGAGCGCCGGCGACGAAGGAGAGUUUCGCUACAGCAACGACGGCUCGCCACCUGUACAGGUGUACUGGAACUCCCUGUCCAGGACGUACUGGGUCCACUGGCACAUGGUGGAGAUCCUGGGCAGUGGCAGCAGCAGUCAGGCCGAGAAGGAGACGCAGGAGAAGGCCUCCUCGCUGACGGAGACGCUCAAACUCUCAGCAGUGAGCCAGACCUUCUUCUCGAAGCCUCCCGGCGGUCUCUACUCGCUGCCCUACCUGUCCGAGGGUCUGAACACGGAGCCGGUCACCCUGAGCAGAGCCGAGUGGUGGGAGAUCCUCUUCUUCAUCAAGAAACUGGAGCCGAAGCAGCAGCAGGAGGUCAACGGCGUCCUGCUGCAGAGCCUCGACGACCAGGAGGCGGAGCUGGACGACUCGUCUCUCAUCGGCCUGUCGGUGCCCGGAGACGUGGCCAAGAAGCUGCUGCACUACCUGAAGCAGAAGCUGCCGUCGUCGUGCCUCGGCGACCUGCUGUGCUCCCACGCCUUCGCCAAACAUUACCUGAAGAGAGGCGGAGCCAGCCUAGAGGACGAAGAGCUGCUGGCUGAAAGCUCGUCCGGGCUGGGUGGCGGCGGCGGAGGAGGGCAGGGCUUCUCGUCUGCCUCGACCGCCGCGUCCUCGGCGAUGGGCUCCGUCUCCAAAAAGGCCAAGAAAGAGCUUCCUGUGGAUUCUGGCUGCUGCAGCUCGGAGACGGAGAGCGACCUGCCCACAGAGGACGUCAGCAAAUACCCCGACGACCUGGAGGACAAGAUGAAAGUGUUCAACAACCCACGGGUGCAAGGCAAGAAGACCGUGCUGGAGAAGCUGGGGGAGGUGGUGGACGUCCUGAAGAAGGGCGGGGCGGGCUCAGACCACGCCCAGCAGCUCGCCGCCGUCCUCUUCCUCACCCGGCUGGUGGAGGGGGCGCAGGAGAAGAACGCCACGAGGAGCGACUCGGCCCAGACUGUACGGGACAAAGUGCUGAAGCUGCUGGUGGAGCUGCUCGGCUCCGCCUCCAAAGACGUGGUCGUCAGCACGCUCCGAUUGACCCACCUCCUCAUGCUCAAGUACGAGUGGAGGGUCUCCUUCGCCACCGAGGGCGGGGUCAAAGCCAUCCUGUCCUGCAUGCAGGAGUUCUCGGGCGCGGUGCACGUGCAGCAGCUGGCGCUGGCGACUCUGAAGGUCAUCACGGGCGCCAGCAAACACGACCUGCGCAGCGUAGGCAGCAGCCCGCCGCUCUCCGAGUCAGGCACCCAGAUGAUGCUGGAGAUCUUUGCCAGCAUCGGCUCGGCCACGCCCGAGGGCUCCAGAGGCCUGCUGGACGCCAUUCCGGCCGCCAUCGACCUCAUGCUGACCACAAAAGGCUGCGUGCCGUCGGUGAGGAACGGGCUCCUCGUCAUCAUCAUGCUCAUCUCCAACCACAAGAGCCUCGCGGAGCAGCUGGUCGCCUGCGACGUCACCGGCGUCCUGAAGAAGUGUCUGAGUCUGUCCCGCGCCGAGACCAUGCUCGCCAUCAUUGCGCUCAACCACAUCUCCAUGGUGCACAAGCUGGAGAGCAAAGAGAGCCGCGAGCAGCUCGACUUCAAGGACACGGAGCUGCAGAUGCUGGUCGUCAGCCUGAAGGAGAUGACGGCCACCAAGGAGGUCAUCCAGACGCUGGAGCAGCUGCUGUGUGACGACGCCUCGCAGCUGGAGGAGGAGCGCAGCCAGGUGACUCACAGUCGGGACACCUACCAGGACCUGGUCCGUCUGAUUGAGCAGCACCGAGGCGAUCGGGCCGUCCAGCUGUCCAUCCUCAGGAUCCUGAACAAGUUCCUGGACAACUACCAGGAGGACGUGCUGCCGUGGCACGAGAGCAUCGAGCCCUGCCUGUCCUCCAUGACGGCCUUCAUCAACGACAGAGAGGUGGUGCAGCUCUUCAUCCGCUUCCUGUACCGGCUGGCGUCUCUGAACAAAGACUACGCCGUGGUCAUGUGCCGCCUGGGGACCAAGGAGGCGCUGGUGAAGGCGCUGGACAAGCACAGCACCAACCUGCUGCUGGUCACCGAGCUCCGAGACCUCAUCACCGACUGCGAGAAGUACGCCAGCCUCUACAAGAAGAUGACCACCAGCGUCCUCGCGGGAUGCAUCCAGAUGGUGCUGGGGCAGAUCGAGGAGCACCGCCGCAGCCACCAGCCAAUCAACAUUCCCUUCUUCGACGUGUUUCUCAGGAAUCUGUGCCAAGGGUCCAGCGUGGAGCUGAAGGAGGACAAAUGCUGGGAGAAGGUGGAGGUGUCGUCCAAUCACCAUCGAGCGAACAAGCUGACCGACAAGAACCCGAAGACCUACUGGGAGUCCAACGGCUGCACCGGCUCGCACUUCAUCAACAUCUUCAUGCACAGGGGCGUCAUCAUCAGGCAACUCGCCAUCCUGGUGGCCAGCGAGGACUCGAGCUACAUGCCGGCCCGGAUUCUGGUCCUGGGGGGAGACGAGCCCACCAACAUCAACACGGAGCUCAACACGGUGAACGUGCCGCCGUCGGCCAGCCGCGUGGUUCUGCUGGAGAACAUGACCCGGUUUUGGCCCAUCGUCCAGAUCAGGGUCAAGCGGUGCCAGCAGGGCGGCAUCGACACCCGCGUCCACGGCUUCGAGGUCCUCGGGCCGAAGCCGACGUUCUGGCCCGUUUUCAAGGAGCAGCUGUGCUGCCGGACCUACCUGUUCUACAGCACCAAGGCCCACACCUGGUGUCAGGAGGUGAUGGAGGACAAGACGCAGCUGCUGCAGCUCUUCAACAAUAACAUCCUGUUUCCUGUCCCGUUACAGCCGCAGGUCGUCCUUGUUGAUUAUUAAUUAUUGAAUUCUAAUGUUUUAUUUUAUGACCUCGUCUGUCGGCCGAUGUCUGUGUUCCCAGAAUCCUCUGCGUGCAGCCCUCUGUCCUGGUUGCUCAGUGAAUAUCUGGAUAACUCGGAGGCGCCUCGCCGCUGUAAGAGUCGGGCCACCAUCUUUAACUCCCGAGUGAGGCGGCUCACGCACCUGCUGGUCCACGUGGACACGAGCCGAGUGGACGGCGAGGAGCUCAAACCGCCCGUCAAAUCCAAAGGUCUCAACAGGAGCAAAGAGCUGAAGAAUGGUAAAGAAGGGAAGAACAAAGAGGCGUCCGCCGCCGCCUCCACCUCCUCCUCCUCCUCGUCCUCAGCCAAACCCAAAGUGAAGAGCAGCAGCAGCAUCGCGGGCAUCGCCCUCUGUUGGCAGGGAGUGGUACAACGCCAGGUGAAGAAGUUCCUGGAGGCGAGCUGCACUCUGCCGGACUUCGUGGAGCGAUAUCGGCGGCUCUACCUUCGGCUGAAGAACGCCAUGGAGGAGCUGUUUGGCCAGCAGACCGCCUUCGUCCUUGCCCUGCGGCACGGUUUCUCCGCCGCCCUGUUGCAGCUCUCCAUCCUCAGAGCGAUGCACGUGAGCGAGCGCUUCGCUCAGUACAUCGAUCAGAUGAUCCAGGCGAGCGGCAUGGCGUCCGGCUGCGUGGAGACUCUGGAGCGGCUGCAGCAGUUCCUGGAGCCGAUGCUCUUCCUGUCAGGCCUGGAGCUCGCCAGCACCUUCGAGCACUUCUACAGGUACUACCUGGGCGACCGGCUGCUGGCUCAGGGCAACGUGUGGCUGGAGCACGCCGUGGCGGAGCAGAUCGGCAGCUGCUUCCCGAGCCGCUUCCCGCAGCAGAUGCUGAAGAACCUGAGCGAGUCGUCCGAGCUGCAGCAGGAGUUCCACCUGUACCGGCUGCAGCAGCUGGACCGCAGCCUGCAGGAGCACGACCAGGUGAUGGAGGAGGAGUGGGCGGAGUUGGAGGAGGAGGCGGAGGUCCAGGUGCUGGUUCUGUCGCCGCGCUGCUGGGCCGUCUCUUCACUCUGCUUCCUGGACGAGCCGGCGAAGCACCUCCCCCCGGAGCUCUGCUCCUACCUGAACCAGUUCACCCAGUUCUACACCCACAGUCAGUCCAUAUACGGUCUGAGCCACUCCAAGCCUCGGCGGCUGCAGUGGACGUGGCUCGGGCACGCCGAGCUGCAGCUGGGCGGCUGGACGCUGCACGUCUCCACGCUGCAGAUGUUCGUGCUGCUGCAGUUCAACAGCCAGCAGGAGGUUCGCGUUGACGCUCUGCUGCAGGCAAGCGGCCUCUCCGCCUCCGUGCUGCUGCACGCUCUGCUGCCUCUCAUCGGCGAGGGCGGGCCGCUGUCCUGCAGCCACCCGGACGACCCCGCCCGAGGUGUGCUGCAGCUGAACGAGCAGGUGGCGUCUCGCAGCCAGGAGGGCGCGCCGGCGUCCGUGUGGCUGCUGCCCAAACAGACGUAUCUGAACGUGGACGAGGACGCGGCGGGCACGCUGGAGAGGAAGAGGAACUACAUCUACUGCCUGAUCGUCCACAUCAUGAAGCAGGAGAAGGAGAUGCAUAUCGACAACCUCGUCUUCAAGGUGCUGGACUCGUGUCAGAAGCAGGAGGCGUCGCGCUCGCCGGGCUCGGGCCGUUUCAGCUGCAGCACCAGCGACGUCCUGUCCUGCAUCAUGCACGUCAUCAGCAAGGGCUGCAUCCGCCGCAACGACGAGAACCCGCACAUCGUGGAGUUCGUCCCCGAGGACCCGUCCACGCCGCAGAAGGGCCAGGCCCAGUUCUCCUUCAGCCGGGCCGACGUCGGGAAGGACGCCGCCUCCGACAGCCGGGCCGACAUCAGUCUGGUGCCUGUGCCGCGGCGGUUCGAGGAUGGCGUUCUUGAUACCGUUCUGUUCUCGAUGGGUCGCACGAUGACGCAGGAUGAAGUUCGUCAGCUGAUGCAGAGGACGGUUCAGCAGGUUGCGGGGACGCUGAGUCUGGACCUGGACCGGGCCGAGCACCUCCUCAUUCACUGCAAGUGGAACGUGGACCUGCUGGUGCAGCGGUACACCGACGACCCUGACGCCAUCAUCGUGGCCGCCGGACUCAAGUUCCUGAACCCUCAGACGCCGCCGAGCCCCGCCUCCACCUGCCCAGUGUGCCUGAGCCCGUGGAGCUGCGGCAUGGAGCUGGUGCCUUCGCUGAGCUGCAUGCACUACUGCUGCAAGUCGUGCUGGCAGGAGUACCUGACGGCGAGGAUCGAGCAGAACCUGAUCAUGAACUGCAACUGUCCAAUCACAGACUGCCAGGCUCAGCCCACCUCCCAGUUCUUCCUCAGCGUCCUCACUGACAAGGACACCAUCGCCAAGUAUGAGAACGCCCUGCUCAGAGGCUACGUGGAGUGCUGCUCCAACCUGACGUGGUGCACCAACCCUCAGGGCUGCGAUCAGAUCCUCUGCAAGGAGAACACGGGCAGCAUGGCGACCUGCUCCAAGUGCUGCUGGUCCUCCUGCUUCAGCUGCAACUUCCCCGAGGCACACUACCCAGCGAGCUGCAGUCACAUGUCCCAGUGGAUGGACGACGGCGGUUACUACGAAGGGAUGAGCAUGGAGGCUCAGAGCAAACACCUCGCCAAGCUCAUCUCCAAACGCUGCCCGAGCUGCCAGGCUCAGAUCGAGAAGAACGAAGGCUGCCUGCAGUACGAACGCACAGACUUUGCCAUCAACCUGGAGAACAAAGUGUCGUCCAUCAAUGAGGCUCUGCAGAUGAAGUCUCUGACCUUCGUCAUCGACGCCUGUAAAGUCCUCGCUCAGGCUCGGAAGGUGCUGGCCUACUCCUGCGUGUACAGCUACUACAACCAGGAGACGGAGAAGAUGGACGUGAUGGAGCAGCAGACCGAGGCUCUGGACUUGCACACCAACGCUCUGCAGAUCCUGCUGGAGGAGACUUUGCUGCAGUGCACCGACCUGGCCUCGUGCGUGCGGCUGCUGAAACCCGAACACCUGAACACUGGACUCGAGCUGAUCCGCCGCAUCCAGGAGCGCCUCCUCGCCAUCCUCCAGCACUCCACCCAGGACUUCCGUGUUGGAUACCAGUCCAAGGGCAGCCAGGAACCCGAGUCCACUCAGUCCUCCAACCUGUCCAACCACGCCGACGCCAACAAAGUGUCCAAGUCGGACCGGGCGUCCCACUCCGGAGACUCUGACAACAACAACUACACGGGCGAGGAGGGCGGCGACGAAGCAGAGGACGACGACGACGAGUACGAUGAAGAGUACGUCCCAGAGUGGCACGAGGACUACGACGAGGACGACAUCGACGAGGACGACUUCUUCUCCGACGACGACGAGUCCGAGAACCUGGAGAGGGACUUCAGCCCCUUCGACUGACUCGGGUUUAAGAGCCUGAGGGCGACCCAGGUGCUGCCGUGACCCCUCUGCACCGCCAUCCAACGCCACCUCAGGACGUCUGCGAGGGCGCUGGGACAGACGUCCUCCUUCAUCCCGAACACAGCUGCACCCGCUUUCUCACUUCUGUAUCUCACUUCCUGUAUUUGCAUUCAGAGUACGGAAGCAGGCGAGGGUCAAAAUCAGGAGCGAGCUCGGAGUUUAAAAAAAGAUUCCUACGUCCUGACGUGACCACUUCCUGUUUGUUCGCUCUUUAAAACGAGAACGAGCCCGAUUAGUUCAAAGGUCUUUGUUUUAAUUUGGUCAACCCCAGUUUAACUUGUGCUGACUUAAACCAGUUUAAACCAGUUCACGCUGGUUUUCCUUUUUCUCCUCCCUGCCAGAAAAAUAGUUCACGUGAUAUUUUUACGACCUCUGAUUGGAGCUUCCGGCUCUGAUUUCGGUUUUCCGGCCGGCCUCGGUCCUGCUUCCGCACCUGAAUCAUAUGUUUGUUUUCCUGAAGAGUAAAGGUGAGAAACCGGACGGCGACCCGGACUGCCGGUCCGGCUCUCGCUCGUCCUCCUCAUCGCGUUCUGCCUUCGGUUCUGCGUUUGACGGACGUUGCCUUCGUUAGCGAGUGAAGAAACUCACUUCCUGUCUCCGUGUUUGGAGGUUUUUAUGUGUCUGCGGUUUCUAUGCAUCUGAAAAAAUCGAUGCUGAUGGUUCUGAUGGGUCGAGCAGAACUGGUGUCUAAUGUAUCACUGCAAUAAACGAGCGAUCGCUUCUCAUUUGCUAAGCAAAGACUGUCCCCUGCUCCGUUUGACGCUGUUGGACGACUUCCUGCCCUGCGGGAUUCUGGGAUGUCGCCUGAGCUCCAGUUUUGCUGUAAUUUUGAGAGAUCUUAUAUUCAUAUUAUUGAUGUUCUGAGAUGCUUUUCUGGUUUCUUUAUUGGAGUCGAGCGACUUCAGCCAGCAAAACUAAAUAAAAGCUUUUUCUGCUACUCUUCAGUUACUUUCAAAUGUAAUUAGAUUACAUGCCAA